GUGGCUGUGUGGCCGCGAACGCCAAUCCAGAUAAUAUCAGCAUUUCUAACGUUCCAAUAUGACGGCUGCUAGCGUGAGGGCUUCCAAUAUCUGGGCAACGUGGACCUCGAUCAGCGACGAUGGUCUGGUUGGGUGGGUACCCUCUACGGUAGCAGCGGAAGGCAUCCGGGAAGCGUUUGAAUCCGAGACCGGAAUGAAGUUCGUCACCGAGUGGAAAACGGGACCGUGGAGGAAUCCCAACGGAGAUGAUUCUGACGUCGACCUCGUGGUGGUGAGGAAGAAGUCGAAAAGUUCCAAAUUGAAGGCGAAGGAGGAGAACCAAACGAACGAAGAAGAAUGGGAAGGUGCCCCUGACGAAGAUCUUGACGAAACGGAAGAUCAGACGGAACGUCAGAAGGGAGGCAGAGAGAAGGUUGUGCCAUUCAAGACGCGAUUCACAGAUAACAUAUGGAAAGAAACCACUGUGCCGAACGACGGUGUACCGUUCUUUAGCGUAUCACGGUUCAUAUGUUCAUGUAUCUUCGGCAAAGACAGACAUGACAGAGGUAAACAAAGAAUGCGAAGACAUGAACAGGAACGAAAGAGAUCUGAAGAGGAAGGGACCCCUCUCCCCAAGCGGAGACAAAGAGCUGCUACAAGAAAGGUCUGCUGCCCAGCCAUGUUGGCUAUGAAAAAAGUGGUGCGGUUUCCAGACUUUAAGGUGAAUGAGUUCACACCCAAAAAGUGUCGUGAAAUGCGGGAGACCCUACGAGCCAAGCUACUUUCGGGGGAGGAGGUUCGGAGAGAGAUCCGCGUCUACAUGAAGCUACCAACGGAGGCAGACCACGCAAAACACGAGCUAGUUGGGGAACCAAAGAAGAAACGGAAGAAGCUGAUCAAGUAUAACUCCAAUGCCCCAACUGCUGCACUUGAGGACAUUGAAAAUGCUUACAAGGUUGUUCAGAACAGCGCCCUCUGUAAGCGUACUCCCAUGAUGCUCCAUGCCGAAGUGCUGUUGGACCUGGAUGUAGGUUGUGAACUGGGUCUGAAGCUGGAGAACAUGCAGACUACAGGGUCUUUCAAAGUUAGGGGCUUGGCCAAUCAGCUCGCUCAGAUUCCUCAGAGCAUCAACAAACAGGAAGUAGAACUGGUUACCAUGUCGGCAGGGAACUAUGGGAAGGCGUUUGCGUUCGCCCUACAGGAUUCGGGUUUCAAAGCGAGGGUGCUCAUGCCUGAUACAGCCCCAGCCAACAGGGAGGAAGUUAUGAAGAGUUAUGGUGUAGAAGUCGAGAGACUGCCUAACGAUGUUCUCAAGCCCACCAUUGAUCACUAUGUCACAGAAUAUGGAAUGCACUAUCUACAUCCCUUUGAUGAUUUCCAUCUGAUUUGCGGUCAUGGAAGCGUAGGCUUGGAGAUCCUGGAAGACGUUCCAGACCCUGAUGUGAUACUGGUAUGCUGCGGGGGAGGAGGUUUGCUGGCUGGAAUAGCCGCUGCUGUUAAACUAUCAGGGAAUUCUGAGACAAGGAUCUAUGGGGUCGAACCUGAGCAAGCUUGCCUGAUGUAUAUGAGCAUGCAGCUGAACAAAGUUGUGAUAAAUCCCUCGGUUCAAUCUGUCGCCUCAGGAUUAGCCCCACCCUUUGCAGGUUACAAUGCUUAUCGUCAUGCAGCCAAGUACGUAGAUGAUAUCCUGUUGUUGAGUGAGGCAGAGAUCAUUGCUUCCGUCACACGUCUUUACCAUGCUGGCCUGGUGGUGGAGCCAGCAGGAGCUGCAGCCUUUGGGGCGCUUCUCUUCGGCAAGGUGCCAGACAUAGAGGGCAAGAAGGUGGUUGCUGUCAUCACUGGUAGUAACGUCUCGCCGGAAGAGCUUUGCAAUAUCGUUCAGACAGCAUCGUGACAGGGUUCAUAGUAGGUCAUCAGGAGUAAAAAGGCAGUCACU